UCUAGCCAAGCGGUUUGCCGGAGGAGGCCAGCAGCCGAGAAAUACCGUAAACGAAACAAAUUCGAAACAACGGUAAACGGUUAACCGGAAGCUAAGAGUCGGCCAUUUUGUCAAAAGAAGAAACGUUGCGCAUACGCCGUGUGUGAUACAAAAUAUUAAAUAUAUUAAGCGGUUAACUAUUAAGUUUUAAAAUCAAAAAGAAAAUCAAGUGUUUUUUUGAGUAGCACGUGUUGUUUUUUUGUAUUUUUUAAACGUUUCAUUGCCAAGCCAAGCCAUUGCCCUAAAAAAUUGUAGUUUAAAUUUUAAAUUAAAAAAAUGCAUAGAACUGGUGCCCUUUUUUUGGGCCUAGGCUUAAUAUUAUGUGGCAGUCUAAUAACAAAUAUUGAAGCCAAGGUUGGCAACGAGACAAGCUUUCUGGCGACAUCUUUACGGUAUUUUGACGAGCAACUACUUCUGGACAUCCUACCACGUGCCUCGUGUCCUGGCGAAGAUGAGGCCUCCCCCAUGGACGAGUUUCCCGAUCUAUUUACGGUGGAACAACUUCGCCAGGGUUGGGUUGUCCUGCACGUUUUUGCGGCAGUCUAUUUCUUUAUCCUGCUGGCUAUCAUCUGCAAUGAUUACUUCCUGCCCACCGUGGAGUGUAUCUGCGAGGAUCUCCAUUUGUCCAAGGAUGUGGCAGCGGCCACCUUUAUGGCCACAGCCACCUCCAUGCCAGAGUUCUUUACGAACACUAUUAGUACCUUGAUUUUGGAUUCAGACAUGGGUCUGGGCACGAUAAUAGGGUCUUUGAUGUUCAAUACUCUGGGUGUGGCAGGAUUGGCGGCUCUAGCUAUCGAUAAGCCCGUUCAACUAGAUUGGUGGCCGAUUGCCCGGGACUGUUUCAUUUAUAUCUUCAAUACGAUUAUCCUGCUGGUAUUGGCCUGGGGCGGCAGCAUAUCCUUUACCGAAUCCUGCAUUAUGAUGGGAUUUUUGGUACUCUAUUAUUUGAUUACCUUCAAUAAUAACAAGUUUAUGCCAGCCAUUCGGGUGUUUAUUGAGGAUCGUAUGAAUUGUUGUUUCUCAACGCGUUAUGAUUUAACGGAACCACCAGAGAACAGUGCCAAGGCUCAGCUGCCUCUUAAGAAGGAUCCCCUGUCGGGAGAUGGUCUUUUUGUGGUUAACCUGCCAGAGAAUACCUCAUCCAUGUCCUCCACUGCCAACCUCACGCAUCCCAAGCAUUGGAAUGGCGAGGACGAUGAUGAGGAUGAUAUGCCGAAAAGCAUUUAUGCCUAUCCCCAUGAUGCCUCCACUCUGAUGAAGUUCUGGUGGAUCUUUGUCUUUCCCAUCAAGUUCGCCCUCUCCUGGCUGAUUCCACAUCCCAUGAAGUACCGUCGCCUGUAUCCUUUGUCCUUCAUCAUGUGCAUCCUGUGCAUUGGCGCCAAUGCCUAUCUGAUUGUCUGGAUGUUGACGGCCUUUGGUGUGGCUAUUCAUGUGCCCACCAUUGUGAUGGGUCUUACAUUCCUGGCGGCUGGUUCCACCAUGCCAGAGGCAGUUUCCAGUUUAAUUUCUUUAAGAAAUGGUGAAAAUGGCAUUGGAGUUUCGAACUCUCUAGGGGCCAAUUCCUUGGCUAUCCUGCUCUCCUUGGGCGUGCCAUGGUUCAUCAAGAACUGCAUCCAUUAUGGCAGCGGGGAACCGCAGCAAGUGGGUACCCAGGGCAUCGAGUACAAUAUCCUGAUCCUGAUCAUCUCCACCAUCGCCCUGUUCAUCAUUCUCAGCUUCAGCGGCUAUCGUCUCACCAAACGAGUGGGCGUGGCCCUCUUCACAGUCUACGCCGUCUUCAUAGUCCUCCAGAUCCUGAUCGAGAUGAAUGUCUUCUUUCCCCGCGACUGCAGCAGUUAGUCUUGGUCACAAACUAAAAGAAGAAAAAAAAAAGAAAAGAAAAACUGGUGCUGGCACCAGGAGAUUAUUACCAACAAAACCUAUAUAUUAUUAUAUAUAUAUUGGAUCCCCGUUUUUUUUUUUUUUUGUUUGUUUUUGUAUAAAAUAGUUUACGCUUUGAUUAUUUCGUAAGACUGUCUUUUUUAGGUUUAGAUUAGAUUCCGGCGACAGUGGCGAUUUCUAUUUAUUACGCAUUGUAUAUAGUGUAUAUAAUAUAUAUAUAUAGUAUAUCCAGUAGCCAGUAGUUGGACGAUCCACAAAUGUUUGAACCGUUACCAAAGCCCAAAACGAGAUACUAGCAGUUAAGAUACCAAGUGCCCGCCAAUUAAACACAAAAAUCUUCCUGCCUUAAAAAAAAAAACGAAAAAAUGAAAAAAUCAUAAAAAAAAUAUAUAAAAAUAAUUUACAAAAAACGAUCUGUUGAUAUUCCCGCUCUAUGUGUGUAACCUUUAAGAAAUAUUUGUUAACACUUGAUAAUGAUACGCCCUGAUACCAUUGUUAUUAAUUUAUAAAUACAUUCUAAGACAAAUAUUA